AUGUGUUUAUUUGGCAUGGCUUAUCCAUUUUUAUUAUAUUUUUCAGGAAGGGAAAAAUAUCCAACAUGUGAUUAUGCUUUAGCCUUCAAAUUCUGUUCUAACAAAAUGAGCGAUGAACAUAGUAUUCCAGUUGAAAAGGAAGAAAACCCAGCUGCGGAUGAGCCGUCUACCGCAAAAAUCAUUGCAUCUGUGCAAGCUGUUGCUGUAGAAACUGGAGCAAGAAGUUCAGACACCGUCGAUGUACUUGCCCGUGAAGCGGAAGAUCUCCGGAAAAAAUUGGAAGCAGAACGAAGGAAACUAAAUGAUGUUUCAAUUGAACAAGCAGCCCAGAGUCUCGAACCACUAACACAGCUAAGCAUUAAACAACGUCGUAUAUUGAAAGGACAUGCUGGGAAAGUGCUUUGCAUGGAUUGGUCCUUAGAUAAGAGACAUAUUGUUUCUUCUUCACAGGAUGGAAAAGUAAUUGUUUGGGAUGGUUUUACAACAAACAAGGAACACGCGUUAACUAUGCCAACAACAUGGGUUAUGGCCUGUGCUUAUUCUCCUAGUGCGCAAAUGAUUGCUUGCGGAGGUUUGGAUAAUAAGUGUUCCGUGGUGCCACUUAGCUUUGAAGAUGAUAUCUUGCAAAAAAAGCGAUCUGUUGCUACGCACACGAGCUAUAUGUCAUGCUGUAUCUUCCUUAGAUCUGAUAAUUUACUUCUGACUGGUAGUGGUGAUUCAACAUGUGCCAUAUGGGAUGUAGAGAGCGGUCAGAUGAUUCAAAAUUUUCAUGGUCACAUUGGUGAUGUUUUUGCAAUUGAUGUUCCAAAAAGCGAUACUGGCAACAUUUUUAUUUCUGGAGGAGCAGACAAGCAUGCAUUAGUUUGGGAUAUAAGAACCGGGCAGUGUGUACAGAGUUUCGAAGGACAUGAAGCAGACAUCAAUACAGUUAGAUUCCAUCCAAAUGGUGAUGCCUUUGCUACCGGCUCAGAUGAUGCUUCAUGCCGGUUGUUUGAUUUACGCGCUGAUCGACAGGUAUGUGUUUAUGAAAAAGAAUCAGUUUUGUUUCCAGUGAACGGUGUCGACUUUAGUUUGAGCGGUCGCAUACUUUUUGCUGGUUAUGGUGAUUAUCGCGUUGGUGUAUGGGAUUCACUAAAAUGUGUACGCCAUUCGGUUCUAUACGGUCAUGAAAAUAGGAUUUCGUGUCUACGAACAAGUCCAGAUGGAACUGCAAUAUGCACUGCAAGCUGGGACUGCACCAUUCGUGUAAAUAUGGGCAUGAAGAGGUCAAAUGAUGAUUUAUCCUCUGAAUCCUCACUUGCUUGUUCCAUUUCAGUGGUUUUUAUGCACUGUCAUAAAAAAAGUAGUCUGGAACCCGAUAUCUUUAAACUAUGUUUAUAUAUGAUACAAGCAUUUAAUUUAUUCUAUGGUCAUGGCGGCAAAUCUCCAUAA